AUGCCGGCAACCGUGCCGCCGGCCAACGACGAUACAGAGAUGAGACCCCCCGCGGAUGCGGUUGACAGUGAUCAGGAUGCGGAAGGCGAGGAAGAAACCGACCUCUACCAGAUGGAUCAGCAGCUCCAGGAUGCGGUGCACCGGGCAUACUCCGGGGAAGUGGCCGAAGAAGCUGCCAACGCCGCCAACGCCGCUGACGACGAGGAUCUGGACGCCGAGGGGGAACCCGAUAUUGACCUAGACCUGACUGGGGAAAAUGUGGACGCCCAGCCUGUCGGUGCUGUUAAAGUGCCGGAUGACGGGCCAACCGUUGAUAACGAAGAUGCAGAUGGUGACCCGGCGUUUGAGCACCACAGCGAUAGCGAACAAGAGGCGUCAGGGUCCUCAUCCAGCAGUCAGGAGUCGGAUGAGGAAUGGGAAGGGGAAAGCAACGACCGCGAAGAUGCAGAGGGCGAUAACAACACUGUCCGUGGUAACUGCAUUUUCUGUGGCCAAGAUGAAGACAAUGAUCCAAGCGAAGAGUUUGAAGAGUAUCUGACAUGUGCGGUCUGCGGCGAUCACUCGCACCGACAAUGUGCUCGCGAGCAGAAUGCACUCAACGAAGCCGAAGAGGCAACCCCGUGGAGAUGUCCCACUUGCGUGAGGGAGAAGCUCGAGCCCAGCCCGGCAGGCACCAGCUCCUCGCAACGGAAAUCGCUUCCAAAAAACAUGCAGAAGGAACUUCUUCCCGCACACACGGGAGAUGAGAAUUCAGGGUUUCAUUCUAUUUUCAACACGAUAAACCCUGUGGACGAUCUUCUACACAGUUCACGAUCCCUACGAAAGAGGAAAACUCUAUCGGCAGACAUACAGGAACAGACUCCAGUGCUUCGCAAACGGCAGAGACAGACUCCUUUGCGCUCUGAACGAAGUGGUUCGAGGGAUCAGCUAGGUGAUUCGACAGACCCUCUGUCGCCUGUCCGGACUCGUUCUCGUCGCACCCGCGGAGGAGGUGAGAAGGAAAGCUGCCGGGUAGUGCUGAAACAAUUUGGAAGACUGGUGCUGGCUUUUCAGCUCAACGAGACCAAGAUGACCAAGAUCCUUAAUUCGCGUGCUCGACCAUUACAAACCCGGAAUAACAAAAAGACCCUCAAAGCACCAACCCCCGUGAUUCGCGACGGCCCUGCUCAUUUUGCACCUAUCACACCCGCAACCUACAUGUCUCCCUUUUACUCCUUCCAUGACCGCGAGACCGACGAAUCCAAAUCGAAGCCUUAUGGUGGAAUUUUAUCCGAAGCUGAUGCCGACACCUCCAAGACCCUGCCGACGCAUGCCGAUCGGGAGAAAUUCGAGAUAGCCCGGCAGAAGGCCGAGGAAGAAUGGCAAAGGCGGGUCAUGGAGGCCGAAAGCGGCGGAGAGCCCGUCCAGCAUGCUUCCCAGAAGGUCUCCGGCCCGCCGUCCCGAAUCAAGUACAUCAACUUUGGUGGCUACGAAAUCGAGACAUGGUAUGCGGCGCCAUAUCCCGAAGAGUAUAGUCGCAAUCGCGUGCUAUACAUCUGUGAAUUCUGCCUGAAGUACAUGAACUCAGACUAUGUGGCAUGGCGACAUAAGCUCAAGUGCCCUGCAAAACACCCCCCAGGAGAUGAAAUUUACCGCGAUGGCUCGAUUUCAAUCUUCGAGGUUGAUGGGCGCAAAAACCCUGUAUACUGUCAGAAUUUGUGCUUGCUUGCAAAGCUCUUUCUGGGCUCCAAGACUCUCUACUAUGACGUCGAGCCGUUUCUCUUCUACGUUAUGACCGAGUUCGACGACCUUGGCUGUCACUUUGUUGGAUAUUUCAGCAAAGAGAAGCGACCAAGCUCCGCGAACAAUGUCUCCUGCAUUCUCACUCUGCCGAUUCACCAACGAAAAGGCUACGGAAACCUCCUCAUCGACUUCUCCUAUCUGCUCACACGCAUCGAAGGGAAGACUGGCUCCCCAGAGAAGCCCCUUUCGGAUAUGGGGUUGGUUUCUUACCGAAAUUACUGGAGGCUCAUCCUGUCAUAUCAGCUACGCAACCAGAAAACGCCGGUCAGUAUUGCGGAUCUCUCGGACCGAACCGGUAUGACAGCGGACGACAUCGUAUCUGGCCUUGAAGCCUUGCGCGCCCUUGUUCGUGAUCCAGUGACAAAGACUUACGCGUUACGUCUUGACUACAAAUACUUCGAAGAGUGCAUACAGAGUUGGGAAAGCAAGGGCUAUGUGACGCUGAACCCCGAUGCCUUAGUCUGGACCCCGUAUAUUAUGGGUCGCAGCAACCAGUCGCAGUUCGACAGAGCGCCGCUUCAUACUGUCGCCCCGCGUGAGGGUAUGGAGGAGGAGGAGGAAGAUGAGGACGUGAAAGAGUCCAGUAACGAAGAGGAUUUGCAGGAUAUUGGUGCACUGAAGGCGAAUGGCCAUGCUCGUCCCACGGUCAAUGGUAGCGGUAACGCUGAUUCGGAUGGGAUUCCCCAUGAGCCUGCUGGGCCUCCUUCGACGGACCUCCUUACCCAUGCGCAUGGCCUCCGUCAUCAGCACGAGUCCACAGGGACUACUGAACAGAACCCUACAACCGAUGUUCCUGCCUGGCGAUUUGAAAUUUGGCCGCCUGUUCAAGCACCUGUUUUCAGACGAAAACCAGGACGACCUUUUGGCAGCAAAUCAUCGCACAACAAAGGCAUCUCGAUCACCCCAACGACUGCACGAACCAGUGGUCGCAAUACCCCAAGACGAUCUUCCACGUUAGCGUCCGCCACACCGACGGCCAAUCCACCAAGCGUACGGCGUGGCCGCAGUGCGAUGUCAACAGACUCGCCGGCCAUGGAGCCUACGAGCGUGCAGAGCAAUGGUAUCGACGUGGAACAGAUUCGCCCGCUAGAUGACACGGGGUCCUCUGCAGGCCAGCAAACCGAGAGCGCGAAACCGGAAACCUCUGAAGGCCAAGAUGAUGUGGAAGGCGAGACGGCUCUGGGGACUCCUAACGGCACUCGCCAGACCCCCGUCGGUGGCAACGAAAUGACGGAGGCUCCUGUCACGGAACAACUUACGCCGUCAAAAGAGAAUGGUGCAGAGAGUGCAGCCAAGUUUAAGUCCAUGACGCAGAAAUCUCUCGUGGAGAAGGUACAUUUCAUUGUUCCUGCAGACGAUCAUGAUGUCUCACAUCGCGAGAACGGGGUCGGGGAGAACUCUGUCGGCGUAAAUGGAACUGACGCCGAUGGAGAUGUAGUGAUGGGGUCUUGA